AGAACAGGUAUUCCUCAGAUCUAAAUGGAUGAAAGUGAGAAGAAGAAUAUUUCCAUAUAUUUCAUAACAGAAUCGAUCUUCUACCUAUCAACAAUGAAGACCAUCGUUAACACAACAAGUGUUCCUCACCAGACUAACAUAACGGCCGUACCAUCAUCAACGGAAACCCCGUUAACCGUGGAAUGGUGUCACGCACCAGUAAACCUGUGUCGGAAGGAGUGACAGACAAGGAGGCAAUCGAAGAAAGUACCACAUAUCUAACAUUCCCAUCAGGGGAUAAAACGAGAAGAAGCAUCAUCUCUUUCAGUUUCGUCAUACGAGGAACAUUACCAACUCUGUCAAGUUCAAGGUCGUUUAGUGAUUUUGGAUCGAAUCAAAUUGAUGAAUGUGACCUCCUUGGUGAUGCAGGGACAUGUUCGAGCUAGUGUCAGUUGUUGAAGGACAGUUUGUGAAUAUAUCCGUGUUCAAGUAGAAAGGGAUUCAAAACUUGAUAAGUGAUGAGUGCUAUAGCAGGGCCUCUGAUUGGUCUCAGCUCGGCUGCAUCCAAUUUUGCAUAUUUUCUUCCUGCACUGGUGGCAGCCAUAGCCUACUUUCAAUAUGAGAUGUUGGAUCCCGAAUCAAGGCCUAUAGAUGUGCCAUCAGAAGAGCUUCAUGAUAGAUAUGAUUUUAUAGUUGUUGGAGCAGGAUCUGCAGGGGCAGUUGUAGCUAAUCGUCUUAGCGAAAUAGAGGGAUGGAGUGUACUCCUUUUGGAGGCAGGAGGAGAUGAAACAGAAAUAUCGGAUGUACCCCUGAUGGCUGCCUAUCUUCAGCUAUCACAGCUUGAUUGGAAGUACAAGAGCGAACCACAAGGACAAGCAUGCUUAGCUAUGAACAAUGGUAGAUGCAAUUGGCCUAGAGGCAAAGUGAUAGGUGGAUCUUCGGUCUUGAAUUAUAUGCUCUAUUUACGUGGAAACAAGAAGGAUUACGAAAUAUGGGAAUCCCUUGGAAACCCUGGCUGGGGCUACAAGGACGCAUUGUAUUAUUUCAAGAAAUCUGAAGACAACAAAAAUCCGUACUUAACAAAGACCCCAUACCAUUCGGAAGGUGGAUAUCUGACAGUCUCUGAAGCACCUUACCACACGCCACUGGUGACAAGUUUCGUAGAAGCUGGAAAACAGUUGGGAUACAAGAAUAGGGAUAUUAAUGGUCAGUUUCAAACAGGAUUCAUGUUGGCUCAAGGAACUGUAAGAAGAGGAGCAAGAUGUUCCACAGGAAAAGCCUUUCUUCGACCAAUUCGUCUACGCACCAACCUUCAUGUAGCUAUGCGUAGUCAUGUCACCAGAGUGCUAAUCGAUCCAGCCACCAAGGUAGCUUUUGGAGUCGAAUUCGUUAGAGACGGAAAAUUAUAUCGCAUCCGAGCGAGAAAGGAAGUCAUACUUUCAGCCGGGGCUGUGAAUUCUCCUCAAAUUCUCAUGCUUUCUGGUAUAGGUCCCAAAGCGGACCUGGAGAAACUAAAUAUACCACUAAUUCAAGAUCUCCAAGUUGGUCACAACCUCCAGGAUCACGUAGGUCUUGGUGGUUUGACUUUCGUCAUCGACAAGCCUGUCUCGAUUCUUUUAAGCAGAGUAUACGCUGUGCAACCCGUUCUUCAGUAUGCUGUGUUUGGUGGAGGACCACUAACCAUCAUGGGAGGAGUAGAAGGCCUGGCUUUUGUCAAUACCAAAUAUGUAAACGCUUCUGAUGACUUUCCAGACAUCGAGUUUCAUUUUAUUUCUGGUUCGACGCAUUCCGAUGGUGGAGCCCAACUGAAAAAGGCUCAUGGUCUAACUGAAACUUUUUACAAAAAAUCUUUCGAACCAAUAACGGGCAAAGAUUCGUUCAGUUUACUCCCAGUUCUGCUUAGACCUAAAAGUAGAGGUUUAAUCAAGUUGAGGAGUAGAAAUCCGUUCGAUCCACCUUUAAUAUACCCCAAUUAUUUCAAAGAUGACUUCGACAUGAAAACUCUCAUCGAAGGUGUCAAGAUAGGUGUUGCACUGAGCAGGACCCCAGCUUUCAAGUACUACAAGAGCAAAUUCUUACCGUUUCCCGAUUGUAGUCACAUACCUGUUCAUACUGACCCCUACUAUGAAUGCAUGAUAAGACUUUACUCCGCUACCAUCUACCAUCCUGUUGGUACAGCUAAAAUGGGGCCAUAUUGGGACGAGCAAGCUGUUGUUGACUCGGAUCUGAGGGUGUAUGGUAUAAAAAACUUGCGAGUGAUAGAUGCGUCAAUAAUGCCAACGCUGGUUAGUGGUAACACGAAUGCUCCAGUGAUUAUGAUUGGUGAGAAGGGAGCAGACUUGAUAAAAGCGUUGUGGAUAAGAAGAACAAGACUAGGUGCUUUCGGAAACCUGAAACCCACCUGAAGGAUGUCUAGGGAUGUGUUCCUAAUUUAUUAGUUACAUGUAUAAGUGGUUACCUGAUAAUUUUUAGUGCGAAUGUACAUUGCGGAACUUAUUUAUAAUAAAAUUUUGUAAAUAUCAGUA